GCCCCCGCGGCUCCUCCCACCCCCGAGGGGCUUUUCUCCCGCCUGCGGCGACUUUAGUCUUCGAGCGCGGCCGCCGGGCGCUCGUUUCCGCCGGGCCGGGGCCCGCGGAGCACGGCUCUUCUGGGGCCGCGGGGGACGAGGGGCGGUGACCUCGGAGCACGCCCCGCGCCCCGGUCUCCCGGCCCGCGCCCCGGCCGCCGGCAUGGUGUUGCUGGCCGGGCCCGGGCCGGAGGGCGGCGGGGCGCGCCGCGUAUCUCCGCAGCCGCCGUCCCCACCCCGGGACGCUCAGGCCGGGGAGGACCCUGCCGACUACGAGGAGUACGAGGACUUCUCGUGUCUGCCCGACACCCGCAGCAUCGCCUCGGACGACUCCUUCUACCCUUUCGGAGGCGAGGAGGAAUACGGCACCGCGAGCGCGGAGAGCGUCCCAGAGGGCGUCCCGGAGGAGGCGACCCUCCUGCGCGCCGCCUGCGCCAACGACGUGGGGCUGCUGAGGGCGCUGGUGCGGCGGGGGCCGAGCGCCGAGGAGGUGCAGGAGACCGACCGCAACGGCCGGACCGGCCUUAUUGUCGCCUGCUACCACGGCUUUGUGGAUACUGUUGUGGUCUUAGCAGAGUGCCCCCACGUUGACGUCAACUGGCAGGACAGCGAGGGGAACACGGCCCUAAUCACGGCUGCGCAGGCAGGACAUGCCACCAUCACCAACUACUUGUUGAACUAUUUUCCCGGCCUUGACCUUGAAAGGAGGAACGUGUUUGGGUUCACGGCCCUGAUGAAAGCCGCCAUGCAGGGCCGGACGGAAUGCAUCCGAGCCCUGAUGUUGGCAGGGGCCGAUGUCCAUGCCCGGGACCCCCGCCGUGGGAUGUCCUCCCAGGAGUGGGCUGCUUACACGGGACGGAUGGAGGCCGUCCGCCUCAUCCAGAGGCUGCUGGAGCGACCCAGCCCCGAGCAGUUUGGGGAAAAGUACAAGCCAGAGCUGCCUCCCCCGGAGGCCGUUCUGAAGCCCACGGGCUCCAAAAACUGCUUGCAGAGGCUCGCCGAGUUUGUGCGGUCCACGCUGACGCCCCGCUCACGCCAGGGCCUGGAGGAUGGGGGCGUCCUGGACCAUAUGGUCAGGAUGACCACGAGCCUCUACAGCCCCGCCGUGGCCAUCGUCUGCCAGACUGUGUGCCCCGAGAACCCGCCCUGUGUGGGGAAAAGGCGGCUGGCGGUGCAGGAAAUCCUGGAGGCCCGGGGGAACCCGGACACGCACGCCCCGGAGGGCGAUCAGGUAGAGGGCGCCGAGCGGCAAUCCCGGACCCUCCAGGCCGCGGGGGUCUCCAGAGAGGGGGCCCCGAGAGCCAGCCUCCCGUCUCCGCAGCUGCCAGGCGCCCCGCGGAGGGCCAGCCUCCUGCCCCUGCAGCUGCUGAGGAGGACCAGCGUGCGGCCCGGCGUGGUCAUCCCCAGGGUGCGCAUCAGCAAGGCGCCCGCGCCCACCUUCCACCCGGAGCGGGCGGCCGCCAAGGGCAGCACCAAGGACAGCGCCCACCUUCAGCUCCCCAAGUGGAGGUACAAGGAGGCCAAGGAGGAAAAGAGGAAGGCGGAAGAGGCGGAGAAGCAGCGGGCGGCGGCCGCGCAGAAGGAAAGGCGGGCGCCGUCCUGGAGGAAAAGGACGUGAGGGGUUAGGGUCGGCUGCCUGGAAGCGUGUUCGGCGGGGGAGGAGGCGGCGGGGCUCGGCGCCGGGAAGGAUGCGCCCCCCCCCCCGCCCCCCGCCCUCGCCCUCGCCCCUUCCGCCGCGCUGCACAGCCCCGCACGUCGCCGCACAUCCCCUGCAGACAGGCUCUCCCGGGGGGGGGGGGGGGGGCCAGAACGCGCUCCAUAUUUAUUCAGGCAGCACCCUAGAGUGAGUUGGGCAGGGCACAAGAAGAUUAGCCUAAAACCAGUUCCCUUGGCAGUCAGUACACCUAGCGGGCAAUUUGCCAAAAAGCCUACCUUUAGAACCUCACUUGAGAAAUUUGUAAGACCAAUGUAUCAAAGGGCCUUUUCGGAAUAAUUUUGUAUUUUAAUCAUGAUCAAAUCUGCCUUUUACUGGUCUUUGUAUUUAAGACGUCAUGAAUACAUUUGCCCGAAGGCCUUUUGUUUAAAAUACUGUUUCUAGCAAUAAUUAUUUGUGAUAUCUCUAUGAUUUCAUACAGAAUUUGCGGAAGCCUCCCCUUUCCUUGAUGUUUGCUCCGGUCUUUGCCUUUCCUUCUCAUCGUAGGUGUGCACGAGCUCCGUACGUUCUUAUUGAUUUGAUUAAGCGAUGCUGAAUAUUUGUUUCUAUUUGAUGGAGGCAUUCACUUUUACAGCAAAAUGAUGAAGUGAGACGGGGAUCAGAGUUCCUUGUAUCUUAUUUUUAAAGCUCUUAUUUAUACAGUAAUAAUAAUGAAGAAAAACCUGUUGUCGAAGUACGAAACCGCGCAUAGAGAAGCAUGUAUUUAUUGCUAGAACUAAACAUUUUAAGCAAGGGACUUCAGAUAAACUGGAUGCAAAGCCUUUAACAUAUUCAAAAAUAGAUAGGAGAAAAGCCUAUUGCUUAAUAAAAUGGGGGCAAAUGUAAUAAAUUUUUAGUAGAAAUACAAAGUUAAGUUCUAUGUACUCUUACAGAAAUUGAAUUCAGAUAUCCUUAAAACGUAAAAAAGAUGCAAAAGAGUAAGGCGCCAGAGUGAUACAAACCACUGAAAAGGGGGAGAGGGGCUAGCGGAACAGGGAUCAGGACUAAACAUUAAACAAACUCAUCUAAGGCAAAUUGUCCUGGCGUGGGCUGGGCCGCUCCCUCCUCCAGACUCCGUUCCAAAGAUUCCCUGGUGUGGAAUUACUUUUAUUUUUCCUUUGAUGACUCCCUGUGAUGUUCAGUUCAUUCUCAUGCUGACUUUGUAGGAUUUCCAAGAUAUGGGGACUUCGGCAGAGCAUGUAUGCGAUUUGCCCUGGGCUCUGAGCUCUCACUGGGAGUUUCCGUCCAUACUUUUUAUCUCUGAAGCACUGAGAAAUUCUAAUGACUCUCUGGCCAUCUGGGUUGCAGAGUAUCUGUCAUAUAUAUGCACUACUGACGGCACUUUAUUUAAAAAUUACCCUACUUGGAAGCCAUAGAUUGAAACUCGUAGAGACCGACCCUGGAUUCACAUGUCAGAUCGUGCUGCUCCCUGGCUGUGUCGUGAUGUGCACCUGUCUCAUGAUGUGGGCUGGGAUGGCGCUGGCCUCUGCCUAUCCUCCUGUGAUGCUCGGCACCAUCGGGCAUUGAGCAAUCUGGGGUCUCAGACUCGCCUCUCCAAAAACCUCAACCAAUAGUCUGUUGGGCAGCACCAGACUGAUGGGAGAAGGUGCGAUGCUAAUGCUUUCUUUCAGCAUCACUGAUAUUAGGGGGCUGCAGGCCACCCUUGUGUGUGAGUCGGGAUUGGCCAAGUGCCCUCGGAUGAGAUGGGGACUGGUCCCCAAGGUGAAGAGAAACACACCUGAGCUCCCUGACAGUCCAGUCCGGCAUUCUUUGAGAUAAUUUUCACGUUCAUGUAUUUUCAUUGCUCUGAAUGGCUGGCUGCAUUUUCUAGCUGAGGGUCCCUCUUUGUCACCUGGCUUCCGCUGUAGUUUGGGGGCAGGGGCACUGACGGGCAGUGACCUCCUUCUGCUCUCCACAUGUCCUCACAUUUGUUCCCUGCCAUCUCCUUUGCCUUCUCUCUUCCUUGGCCUGUUUUCUUCUCUACUUUUGGCUAAAUGCCCUGAUCCUCCGUGGCACCACCACUCUGAGGUCUAGAAAGGGCAGAAAAGCAAGGCGAUCGUGAGAGGCAGUGCAGUGUCCCUCUUGAAUUAUCAUGUAGUGACCUCCACCUGCCCAGUGAAUGAGCUACAGAUUUCCCCAGCUUCUUUGCAGUCGGUUUAGGAUUUUGGCACGGUCCGCUAUGCCCUUUUAAGGGCAAGAGACCUCGUCUGCUCUCCUGACAGAGGAUAACAGCACCACCCUGCUGUGCGGAGCAGGGAGGACCCGGUGUCUGCUUGCGCCCCUGAUGCUUAUUAACUGUAAAUAGUGAAUUUCGAGUUGACAGGUACCUUCUCAGGGAUUUAUAUAUAAAUGUAGUUAGAGGAAAAGAUGAAGUAUAUUUUAAUACUUUCUAGCAUUUGAGUGAAUCAUGAUCACACUAGACAGAAGAAAUAUUUCUAAGAUGAUAUCAGUGCGGCUGUUUUCCAGGGAGCUGUCCAGAGGCUCCCUCUGUUGAGAUUUUCUGGUUCCUGGAGACCCGGGACUUUGGCAGCUGAAACGGCUCUGGGGGUAGAUGUGAGGUCACCUCGGCACCUCUCAGUUACCUCUCGUGGAUGUGAACCCUUGUAUUUAAAACAGAGUCCGCCUGUAGGUAAGCAGCGGUGGCUGGGAUAACAGAGACGGGCCAUUCGUCACUUUUACCUCUAGAACUGGUUCCUCCGUGUCUGCUGUCGGGGUGCAUGCCGUGGCAAUGACAGUUUCUUGUCCUGGCUCAUGUGGACCCAUGUUCCACGGUCCUCCCGGUGUGCUGCUCACCACCGGGGAGGCAGAGGGAGAAUCUGGGAAGCCGAGGGAAGUCCGUCUGGAAUGGCCUCAGUGUUAAGAGGCAUAAGCUGUCGCGUCUUUGGCCACACUAGGGACACACGGCCCAUAGCAUCACGGACCUUCGUCACUGUCUCUGAAGCAUCUCCCAACGGGCUCCCGGCAGCACGUCAGAAACACGGAGGUGGGAAAUCGCAGCUGGUUCCUUGUCUCAGCGUCGGGUCCUCCCGAGACACCAGGCUCAUUCUGCAGGGGACAGAGGUUCAUGAUGUCCGCCGGGACGCGGGGCCUGCAUGCGCAGAGAGGAGGUUCCAGACGCCUCUGCCCACUUCCUUCCACGCUGUCAGUGGGGAGCGGGUCUCCGGGGGCCCGGUGUCUGCGUGGUGUGCGAGAUAGAAUCCCACGAGGCGAGGCCGGACCCCGUCCUGACGGGGAUGCCAAGCCCGUGUUCCGCAGGGAAGAAUCAUGGUACCACGUUAGGAAGAAAGGCCUCCCUGAGAGUUAACUUAAUGAGCCAAGACUCAGAAGGGGGCACGAUUUGUCCCUUGUAGCCUCUGGCAAGAGCACUGCCUUUUCCCCCUCAUCCACACUACAGUCAGAGAGGAGCCUGUCUCUCCCUAAUUUACCUAAGUUUGCUCUAGGGAAGGCGCUCUGAUGGAAGGCAGGGGGGUUCCUCCUCCCCCAGGCUCCCCUGGACGUUCCUGCUUGCUCCUUUCCUGUCUCCUACAACACCUGUCCGCCCCGCAGCGUGGAGGCUCAUCAUGACCUACUGUGAGCUCCAAGUCGCCAUCUUUCAUGCGAUCAAGUGCAAGCAUUUGUUCUUCUUUACAGUAUUUGGGGAAGUUCUGACACGCUGCCCGGGUAUUUGCUCAGCGCCCUUUCUGGCCCACGUGGGCGACUGGGCUCUGCACUGUCUGUGGGUACUCCGCGUGCCGGGUCCUCGUUUCCCGCCACGGCAGCCUCGCACCAGCCCCCUUGAGCCAGGCCAACGGCCUAGAGGACCACUAUCCUUCAGGGAAGGGAAGGCAGGAGGGCCGUCACAACCGGCCCACGCAGAACGAUGAGGUCGCGUUCGUGAUGGCAACUGGAAUCUGGCAAAUAAUCCUCACCGUGGGGGUGCUGUUACCCACAGAGAACUUAGGACAAAACCGGUCUCCCUGAAGUGCUGAUUGCCGUUUUCUCAGCUUGACACGUGGAUGCAUCUAGAACUUGUUUCUUUCAUCUGUGUAACUCUUGAGUCAGCUGCCCAUUUCUGUGGCCUCGAAUUCACCUGUUUCUUCAUUAACGUUGAAAACAAGCGGCUAAAAAAAUUCCUCUGGAGGCUGGUCUUGGGGGGGAAAAAAACCCGAGACAAACAGAAAAACACGAAACACAAAACUUCACCACUACCUGAAUUGAUUUAACUGGUUUUCGAGCGACUCGGUCGAAUGCCCGUGCCGUGCGCACAAUUUCUGCAUUGUGUCCCAGCCUGAAACAAGACUUCUGAGAGAGGCACGGUCCCUGCAGCGCUCUGAUGGCCCUCGGCUGCAGGCCGAGCCGGAGUGCGCGGUGUGUGAUAAGGUGUGAGUGUGCCCACACGCACGUGCACGUGCAAAUGAACAACUAAAGGAAGAGCAGGUCCUGCGUUUGCAAAGGUGACGGCCGCGGUGGCUCCCGGGGAGCGUCAGGCGUGACCUUCAUCGAUGUGUGUGUUCAGGAGGGUUGGACGGUCCAAGACCUACUGGAGACACUUCAUCCAGUGGGGCGUGGAACACAGAUGCGUGUCGUAACCCGGAUCUUCUCGAAGUGGAGUGUUGGGCCGGGCGCCUCAUGUAGGACAAGGUCCAGUCGCCGAAUCGGGGACAUCUCUCUGCCUUUGACGCGCGUCCUCUGCCUUGAGAAGCAAAAGCCGGAGAGGACUCUGCUUGGGGAGCUCCAGCAGACUUUCAGCUGUGGCCACAGGGUGGGGACUGAACUUCGAAUUUGGUGUCAGGUUAGCCCAUAAAUCAGCAUCUUACCCCAAGGAAGCACUAGCAUUUUCCCAAAUCCCAAGUAUGAAGUACUCUAAUCAAAGCUAACACAACUUGGGUUUUGAGAGGCAUCGAUUCUUCAUAGUAUUAUAGCUUUAUAUUGUUUUUAGAGGAGAUGUAGGUGAGAAACAAAAAUGAAGCUGGUAGGGCAGUGACCUGUGUUGACCUGACGCCGUAUAAUGUUUUGGGAGCUUGCGUUGAAGCACUUUAUUAACACCAGCUCUUGAGCAGAAGUUCUCGAAGCUGGUUUGGAACUGCACAAUUAUGGACGACUGGAUGAAAACCAAA